GACAGCAUGGGUCUGCUUGUUACUGAAGGUCCUAGAUUGUCACCUGUCCGUAUGUUAGCAAACAUUUCGCUCUCAUAAUCACCUGUUUGCAGUUAACAGGUUAAAAUGUACCGACGGUGUAGUAGAUCUCAGAUUACUUAAUAAAAUGCCAAUAAAUUAAAGUUUAAAUGUAUUAUUCUGCAAUAAUGCUGCCAGUUUCCGCUGUCUGUGGAGGAACAUACAGAGCUGUGAUCCGCACACUUACGACAAGAAACAUCCCUCUGUAUCGCCGUCUGUCCUCUGGAGGCAGAGUUCUGGCUGGACUAGCGGAUGCUGACACCAUCUUCGCUUUGUCAUCAGGUCAUGGCAGAUGUGGGGUAGCAGUGGUCCGCAUCAGUGGUUCUGCCGCAGCCACAGCAUUAAGAUGUAUGGUUGGGCUCGGAAAUCAGCUGCCUCCUCCACGAACUGCGCUGUUACGUAGCAUCACAGACCCCCACUCUAAAGAAGUACUGGACCGCGGAUUGGUCCUCUGGUUCCCAGCGCCUCAUAGUUUCACUGGAGAAGACAGUGUGGAGUUCCACAUCCACGGUGGUCCUGCUGUCAUUACUGCUGUCUUACAAGCUCUAGGAAGCGUGCCUGGCAUGAGGCCUGCUGACGCUGGGGAGUUCACGCGCAGGGCUUUCCAUGCAGGGAAGCUCGAUUUAACGGAGGUGGAAGGCCUCGGGGAUCUGAUCCAUGCAGAGACGGAGGCUCAGCGGAGACAAGCUCUCAGACAGAUGUCAGGAGAACUGGGACGCCUCUAUCAGGACUGGAGCCACAGGCUGAAACGGACUUUAGCCCAUGUCGAAGCCUUUAUAGACUUCAGCGAGGAUGAGCUCAUCGAGGAAGGAGUUUUAGACCAAGUGGACAUCUCAGUGUGUGAUCUGCAAGCAGAGAUCGAGCAGCAUCUGAAGGAUGAGCGGCGAGGCGAGAGGCUUCGCAGCGGGGUUCAUGUGGUGAUCGCUGGCGCCACCAACGCAGGGAAAAGUAGCCUCCUCAACACACUCUGCCAGAGACCUGCAGCUAUUGUUUCUCCCAUUGCUGGGACCACCAGAGACGUAGUGGAGUCGGCGUUGGACAUCGGGGGCUUCCCUGUCCUGCUGAGCGACACGGCGGGCCUCAGAGACAGCCCAGACCUGGUGGAGCAGGAGGGGGUUCGUCGGGCCAGAGAGAGGGUGCAGCAGGCUGAUCUGACUCUGCUGGUCGUUGACUCCACCAUCCUCCCCUCGGAGGAGCAGGAAGCUGCAGCGUUCCUGCUGGAGCACCUGAGGACACUCCUGUCCUCCCAGGACCAGCCUGGAGCAGGCAGGUGUCUCCUGGUGCUGAAUAAAACUGAUCUGCUCCCUGAGGCUCACAGAGAGAAGCUGAAUCUGGAACUGAGAAGAGUCUCUGGACUCCCACCUGUCUGCCUGAUUUCCUGUCAAACCAACGAAGGACUGAAGGACUUCCUCACUGUGUUGCAAAGCAGCGUCAAAACAAUGUGUGGUGACCCUCUCUCCGGAGCGCCCACGCUGACCCAGGCCCGCCACAGGGCCCACCUGCAGCAGUGCGUGGCGGCGCUAGCUCAGUAUCGGUGGUACCGCGACUCUGACCUCGCUCUGGCAGCUGAGGGCGUCCGGUUAGCGCUCACCAGCCUGGGGAGGAUCACAGGACGAGUCGGGGCAGAGGAGAUCCUGGAUAUUAUCUUCAAAGACUUCUGCAUCGGAAAAUAAAGGAGCGAGAGUGAAAACACAGAACACAGGUGAUCACUGCCCACUCAGGGAGGAAGGCUGUUUUCUCACAGAACCGUUUAGUGAACAGCCCGGGCUCUGUGCCAUGCUUCAGGGUCCAAAUAGUCGGCUCUGUGUUCUUGGCUGCUGACGUACCUCCGUUCCCAGGACAAAAAUAUUUUUUCUGGUGGCAUUUUUUUUUUAAAUCCAGCUGAAAUAGUUUUAGGAUGAUGGCAAUGUCUCAGGGGCCCAAUAUACUGAACAAGUGUUUGGCACGUACUCAGUCAUCAUCCGAAAAACUUUCCCAAGGCUAAAUAUUGUCCUUCAGGGCAGCAGCACAACAAAACAAAAUCAGCUGUGCCUUCGACAAGGUCAGGGUGCGGAUGUCUACUUUUAUCAUGGAAAUAUAUAUAUUUCUUGUUUAUUCGUAAAUGUUUCUUUGCUUGAUGUUUGACAACUAUAAAGGAAGGUCCACAUGUUAAAACAAAUACAGAAAAUAUCUGGCUAUCAUCUCUUUACAGGUUUUAGGGUUGCCUAGUCAAAGUUUUUACUAAUUGAGAGGCAAUGGCGUGAACUUAACACGCUUGAAAACCCUCCAGUGUGACUGAAAUUACAUGCAUCGAUGAAAAUAAUUCACUGCGAGUUUCUAUAAAUUAAUUUGUUGCUGCCAAACGUAUAGGAAAUGACUUUUAAAUAGGAAUAAGUUGAUUUGGGCAGAUACUUUUUGUCAUAAAAACUGAAAUCAUGAUUUGAAACUCAGAAUAUCUGUUAUUUGUUUCAUGAUUUACAACAUUUCAACUCAACAAAUAAGCAAAACAGAAAGACUCUGUUAAAGGACCAAAUGUUUAAGUGAAACAUUUUAUCUUGGUUGAAGUAGGUAGAGGAGUAAAUUAUCUAUCAUAAACUCAUAUUUUUUGUUAUACAUAUAUUUUGUAUUUAUUUGAAGUAACUGAAGUAUUUUUCUUCCUGACGUCUUCAGGCUUAGUUCUCUCUUUGUAUUUACAGAUAUUAACAGAAACAGAAACAUCCAGCUGAAACAUCCAAUAGUAAUAAUUUGUACCAAAUAUUGAAUCCAAGCACUAAUUUGUGAUUGUAGUACUGCAGACAAUAACAUUGUGAUGACAACUAUGAUUCUGUUUAUCAUUUACUAGAUCAAAUUCAAGCAUUUUAUCUUCUGUACAUUACAUUACUUUUAUCCCCCUAAAAGUAAUGUAAUGUUUUUGUGUAAAACAAGUUACAACAUUUUAUUUUCCUAUUGGAUUAA